AUGAGGAGAUUUUUGGUUAAUAGUGCAAGCACUGAAAAUGUGAAUGGUGUGCAACCAAAAGUAGAAGUGGAGGCACAACCACCUCCUAACAUUGCCAAUGAAUUUAAUCCAAAUGAUAUUGAGCGUGAUCCAGGGAAGAGGAAACAAAUUUGUGAGUACAUCUCCUUAAUUGUGACCACAACAACUACAUCUUGCAAGAGAAGGGAUGCAUUGACAGAGGCACAACAGCAAGAUAUUCUGCAUAGACUUGAGAGUGGUGAGAUAUCUACAGGAAGGGGCUUGCACCAAUCAUCUACUCUUGCUAGGCCAGGUGACACUAGAUGGGGUACUUAG